UCACUGCACCAAGUAAAUGCAACCUUUAAAGAAAGAAGAAGACCUCUCUCUCUCUCUCUCUUGUACCAUAUUGAGCAAGUAAGAGACUCAAGAGUACACAGAAUUCUCUUUGGUUCACAUUCCUCAAACCCUCUAUCAGGUUAUGGAGCAGAGACUGAUAACCUUCAACUUUCUCCUUCUUACUACAUUCACUUCUUUCUUCUGGUUUUCUUCUUCUUCUCCUGGCCUUUCCUUCAACUUUUAUGGAGCUUCCUGCCCAACAGCAGAGUUCAUUGUCAGAAACGCAGUGAGGUCUGCAUCUACAUCUGAUUCAACCCUUCCUGGGAAGCUCCUUCGCUUAGUGUUUCAUGACUGUAUGGUAGAGGGUUGUGAUGGAUCUGUGCUCUUAGAAGGAAAUGAAACAGAGAGAAGUGAUCCAGCCAACACAUCCCUUGGAGGUUUUUCAGUAGUGGAAUCUGCUAAAGAGAUGCUUGAAAUUUUCUGCCCAGACACUGUUUCUUGUGCUGACAUCCUUGCUUUGUCUGCUAGGGAUGCUGUUGAAUUUGCUGGAGGACCACAUGUUCAGAUUCUUACAGGGAGGAAAGAUGGGAGAGUAUCUUUGGCUUCAAAUGUGAGACCCAACAUGGUAGACACAAGCUUCACUCUGGACGAGAUGAUGAAACUCUUCUCCUCAAAAGGGUUGUCUCUGGAUGAUCUUGUAACCCUUUCAGGAGCACACACCAUAGGAUCAGCACAUUGUAGUGCAUUCAGAGACAGGUUCCAAGAGGACUCAAAGGGGAAAUUGACACUAAUUGACUCAUCUUUAGACAAGAUAUACGCAGAUGACCUCAAACAGAGGUGCCCUGCAGAUGCAAGCCCAUCUAUAACUAUUAACAAUGACCCUGAAACAUCAUUGUCAUUUGAUAAUCAGUACUAUAAGAACCUCUUAUCCCAUAAGGGGCUCUUCCAGUCAGAUUCAGUUUUGUUUAGUGAUGGAAGAACAAGGGAGAUGGUAGAGGAGCUUUCUAAUAGCCUAGAGAGUUUCUUUGAGAAAUGGGGGCAGUCAUUUUUUAAGCUUAUUAACAUUGGUGUGAAGACAGGCAAUGAAGGAGAGGUACGAAGAUUAUGUACAUCAAUCAAUAUUGGAUGAACAGAUUUAUUUGGCAAGAAGUCAUGUAUACCUGCUUUGUUGCAUUGUUUGUUUUGUUUGUUUGUUUAUACAAGUUUUUAUACUGUUUAGAUUAUUUGAUUACACAAGGAUCUGGAGGAUCUUUUUUGCUGUCUACAAAGAAUAAAAAAAUAUGGAUGAAAUUAGAAAAACUCUUUCUCAUAUUAGAAAUUUAUGUAGUUUUCUA